GGGGAAGCGGCGACGGAGGAAGAGGGGGAGGGGAGCACAAAGCUUCCAGGUCUCCGGGCGGGAGGUUUACGCCGAGAACCAUGUGUGCCGAGCGGCUCGGCCAGUUCGUGACCCUGGCUUUGGUGCUGGCCACCUUCGACCCGGCGCGGGGAACCGACGCUACCAACCCGCCCGAGGGUCCCCAAGACAGGGGCUCCCAGCAGAAAGGCCGCCUGUCCCUGCAGAACACAGCGGAAAUCCAGCACUGCUUGGUCAACGCAGGCGAUGUGGGGUGUGGCGUAUUUGAGUGUUUCGAGAACAACUCCUGUGAGAUUCGGGGCUUACAUGGGAUUUGCAUGACUUUUCUGCACAACGCUGGAAAAUUUGACGCCCAGGGCAAGUCGUUCAUCAAGGACGCCUUGAGGUGUAAGGCCCACGCCCUGCGGCACAGGUUCGGCUGCAUUAGCCGGAAGUGCCCGGCCAUCAAGGAGAUGGUGGCCCAGCUGCAGCGGGAGUGCUACCUCAAGCACGACCUGUGCACGGCCGCCCGGGAGAACACCCGCGUGAUGGUGGAGAUGAUCCACUUCAAGGACCUGCUGCUGCACGAGCCCUACGUGGACCUGGUGAACCUGCUGCUGGCGUGUGGCGAGGAGGUGAAGGAAGCCAUCACUCGCAGCGUGCAGGCGCAGUGUGAGCAGAGCUGGGGGAGCCUGUGCUCCAUCCUGAGCUUCUGCACCUCCGCCAUCCAGAGGCCACCCACGUCGCCUCCCGAGCGCCACCUGCAGGCGGACAGAGCCAAGCUCUCCAGGGCCCACCACGGGGACACGGGUCACCACCUCUUGGAGCCCAGCAGCAGGGAGACCGGCCGAGGUGCCAAGGGCGAUCGAGGCAGCAAGAGCCCCCCAAACGCCCACGCCCGGGUCAGAGCGGCGGCCCAUGGGGUCCAGGGAACUUCUGGAAGCAGCGAGUGGGAAGACGAACACUCUGAGUAUUCCGACAUCCGGAGGUGAAAGGGAAGGCCUGGCCAGGAAAUCGUUCCUCCGUGCCGUCCAUUUUCUUCUCUAUGGACAUUCCAGAACAUUUGUCAUUAAAGAGGGGGGAUGUCACACGCAGGAUUUGGUGGGGAUUGCGGACUGGAGGAAGGUGUAUGUUAGCGGAAUCAACAGGUGAGGCGGAGACUCCCCAGGCAGCGGCGAGGUCUGUCGGGGGCCCACACUUGUGCCUCCCGAAGUGAACACGCCAGGUGUGCUCCCUGUAGCUUUGACUUCUUUCCAUGCGUGGAGCCACUGGGCACGGCCUGCGGUUUCCUCUGCUGGGGGGGCGGUGGGCCCACUGGGCUGGACCAGCACUUGGUGCUGUCUUGGUGGAGGGCAGCGGUUCCAGUGCAGGAAGGGACGUGAAAAUCUGGAUGGGAAGGAGAAGGGUGGAGAGUGCACAGGGGCCCCCGUGGGUGCUUGGCGCCAAAGGGAAAUUCAGUUUCUUG